AUGGACACGCCAUCUCUUGACGGCACCACUUCUCUGCGUCGCAUACUGCCACAGAGGCCAGCAUCGCAUAUCUCUGUCAAUUCUGGGUCCGGCUACCAGCCCGCCUACAGCGACGGCUCCUACAACAGCAGACGCAACUCCAGCAGCUCGAGGGGCCCCUCCAGCGUUCCCCACGCCCACGUCGUGCACUCGCAGGAUUCUAGAGCCGCGGCGACUGCUUCAUCCCGACACCUUCAUCACCAGCAGCCUCAACCCCACGGCCAGUUCGGCAACCCUCAGCCUGGUCGCUUCCUCGAUUUAGACACCCAUUCUUUCGCCCACAACAGCCCGACCGACGACCUGAUCGGCGCGCCCUUUGACGGCGCCGCUAUCCUGAAUCGCCUUGACGGGCCCGACUUUUUCUCCUCCCAAAGCCCCCCAGCCCACCAACAGCAGUAUCCGCAUCACCUCGACUCAGCGCCGCCGCGGAAUCACAUUCCCACGUCGCCCAACAGUGCCGGUUCCGAAAAGCAGCGAUCGCUCAGAUCGUCCAUCAGCUUCAGCAACAUGGAUGCGGUGACGGAAAAGGACCGCCAGGGGAAUGGAUCUGAGGGGAAUGUGAGCACAAAGGAUUUCAGACAGUCUAUGAUACGCAAGAAGUCUGGUUUCUCCGGCUUCAUGAACAGCCUGGUCGGCUCCCCGAAGAAGCCCGUCAUCUCAGCACCAGAAAACCCCGUUCACGUCACCCAUGUCGGCUACGAUAGCUCGACCGGACAGUUUACCGGUCUACCCAAAGAAUGGCAGCGAUUGAUCAACGAGAGCGGAAUCUCGGAGAAGGAGCGACGAGAGAACCCACAGACCAUGGUUGACAUCUUACAAUUCUACAAGGAGACCACGGAAAAGGGACAUGAAGAUCAAGUGCUAGAGAAGUUUCACAAUGCAGACCCUCGCUAUCCAACGUCUCCCACCAUGUACCCGGCUUAUACUGGAAGUUUUGAGAACCCAAGAGCCGCGCCGCCUGUGCCAGGUCGAGGCCAGCCGCAGCAAAAGGACCUGAUGCCUCAUCGUGCUGCACCGAAGCCGCCUGGUCCAGCUGUUUCCAGACCCUAUGGCCAAGGUAACGGCUACGGGACCAAAGACUCGGCAAUUGGCAUGUCCCAGCAAUCAGACGAGUCUCUGCCCAACGUUUCGAUCGCAGAAAGCUCCAGCUCCAUGUCGGAGAAGCUGGUGUCAAGAUCCAACUCCCGCGCCACCCCGCAAUCGCCCCCCUAUGGCCAGAUGCCUCAUCACUCUCCCUCACUAAACCACGGAAAUACAUAUCAGCAGCAGUUGAUGCAGCAGCAGCAGGCGCAGGCAGCGAUGCCAGCGCAAGUUAGCCGAACUAUCAGCAAGAGGCAACAGCCACAACCACAGCCCCAGCCCCAGCCCCAGCACCCACAGCAACAGUCCCCCAACCCAUCGGCGCAGGGUUACAAUCGACCUGAUGCGAAUGGCUCUCAGAGACAACCCCCGUCCUCUCAGGCCGCCGCACCCCAACCAAGGCCUCGACACCGCCAAAGGCCCAGCACUGGUAUUGAUGUUGUCGCCGCCCUCAAGCGUAUCUGUAGCGAAGGUGACCCUCGCGAAAUCUUCCGAGGCUUUAACAAGAUCGGCCAAGGUGCUUCGGGUGGUGUGUACACCGGACAUGAGCGGGGCUCGAAUCGUUUGGUUGCCAUCAAGCAAAUGGAUCUCGACAAGCAGCCAAAGAAGGAUCUCAUCAUCAACGAAAUUAUCGUCAUGAAGGAAAGCUCGCAUCCAAACAUUGUCAACUUCCUCGACAGCUAUCUAUGCGGAGGGGAGCUUUGGGUUGUCAUGGAGUUCAUGGAAGGCGGCAGUCUUACCGAUGUCGUUACCUACAAUAUGAUGACCGAGGGGCAGAUUGCGUCUGUCUGCCGUGAAACUCUAAAAGGUCUGCAGCACCUUCAUUCUAAGGGUGUCAUUCACCGAGAUAUCAAAUCAGACAACAUCUUACUGUCCAAUGAGGGCAAUAUCAAGCUGACUGAUUUUGGAUUCUGCGCAACCAUCAACGAGAAUCAGAACAAGCGAACUACCAUGGUCGGAACACCAUAUUGGAUGGCCCCAGAAGUAGUCACGCGGAAGGAGUACGGCCGCAAGGUGGAUAUCUGGUCACUAGGUAUAAUGUCUAUCGAGAUGAUCGAGGGCGAACCACCAUACUUGACCGAGUCGCCCCUCCGCGCAUUGUGGCUCAUCGCCACAAAUGGCACACCAAAGCUCAAGAACGAGCAUGAAUUAUCAGCUGUCUUCAGGGAUUUCUUGCAUUUCGCAUUGCGUGUGGACCCAGAGAAGCGUGCAAGCGCCCACGACUUGCUAAGGCACGAUUUUAUGAAGUGUUGCGUUGACCUAGGCCAACUAGCACCUUUAGUACGAUCUGCUCGUGAACAUCGAGCAGCAGAGAAAGCCCGGAAGGGUUAG